AUGCCCUCCAAAACUGUCAAGUUCGUAUUGGGGACUCAUAUGGUAGGGGAUAGCACCAGAGAUCCAACCGCAUCAUUCGAUGAUGCAAAUGAUGUCCAGGCUCUCUUGAAUGCCUUUCACGAACGGGGCUACGACCAGAUUGAUUCAGCUCGAGACUACUCACCCCAAGCCCAAGGCACCUCUGAAAAACGGCUCGGCCAAUCUGGAGCUGCAUCCAAAUUCGUUAUACAUACCAAGAUUCAUAGCGGACACCCUGGUGACCAUGAAGCCGAAAAGGUUGCGUUGAGUAUCCAAGAGUCGUUGGCUGCACUGCAGACAUCCUCAGUAGAGACAAUGUAUCUGCACGUUCCUGAUCGUCAGACGCCGUUCGAGGACACUGCACGCGCAAUCAAUGAAGCCUUUAUUCAGGGCAAAUUCAAGAAAUUUGGAUUGUCGAAUUAUACCGCUGCAGAGGUUGAACAAUUUAUUGCCAUUUGUGAGGAAAAGGGGUAUGUGAGGCCAAGUAUUUAUCAGGGCCAUUACAACCCUGUUGUGAGGGGCGGCGAGAAGGAGUUGUUUCCGUUGUUAAGAAAGCAUAAUAUGGCUUUUUGGGCAUACAGUCCCGCUGCUGGAGGAUUCUUCUCUGGCAAGAUUGACACAUCCCAGCGUUGGAACAGCGAGACCUUUAUGGGCAAUGUAUACGGGAAUCUGUAUAGCGAUCCGUCUGUCCGUGCGGAAAUUGCCACUGUUCAAGAAGCUGCCGCAAAACAAGGCAUCACCAGCCAUGCAGCCGCGAUACGAUGGACCGCAUUCCACAGCAAGCUGGAUGGAGACUUUGAUGACGCAGUGGUGUUUGGUGUCUCGAAACUGGAGCAACUGCAUAAGACGCUGGAUGCGCUUGAGGCUGGCAAAUUACCGCCCGAGGUUGCGGACAGCAUCAGUGCGAUAUAUGCCAAGUUCGAGGGCAAAGAGCCCGCUUACCACCUCUAA